AAAAUUCAUAAAAUUUAGUGUAAAAUUUAACCUUAGGUUAAAAUUUUCUGAAAUUAUUUCCAGCUAUGAUAUAGUAUACAUUGUCAACAUAAACACAUUUGCAAUGUAAAGUUCAAUAUUAUGGCAGAGGAGGCAGAAGCAAACGACUUCAGUGAGAAAAAAAAAUCAAGUGAUGGUUCUUGGUGGAAUUCCUGGGGACAAGGAUGGGUGGAUGCAGUUAAAGAAAAGUCUGCAAUGACAUUACAAAUGGUUAAAAAAGACCUAAGUGAGUUUGUUGAUGUCAUUCAAGGUGAUACACUCGUUGCAAUAUCAGAAACUGCUUCAAAACUUGAUAACAAUUUAAAUCAGGAGCAACCUUCAACAUCUGCAGUUGUCAAAAAAGGAAUAUCAAAAUUUCUUCACACAGUGUCUGACUUGAUAACCUCACCACCGGAUGAUACAAAUGAUGAAAUUAUAACAUUAUCAGAUUCUUUCUCUUUAGAAAAUUAUAGCAGAAAACAAGAAAUCCUCCAAUCUAUCCAAUUAGAUCAAGGAACAUACUGUAAUGAACCUGAUGGUUUAUUUUUGGAAUGGCUCGAUACAUUUAACCUGGAUAAUCACAAAUCAGAAAUGUCAGAGUUGUUGAUACAUAACUCAAGUGUCAGAGCUAUAUAUACACAAUUGGUUCCAGAAGUAGUAUCUCACACAAUAUUUUGGCAAAGAUAUUUUUAUAAAGUACAUUUGUUGGAAUCUGAAGAAAAGCGGCGUAAAGAUGUUUUAGCCAGAGUAACCACAGAAGAUUUAAACACGAGAAAUGAUGAAGGAUGGGAUGAUGAUGAUGACGACAAGGAAGAAAUAUCCAAUUCAACAAAUCAGUUAACAGAUAAAAAUGAUGUUAAUUACAAAGACACAGAUCAAAAUGAAGUUAUUGAUAAGAUAGAAAAUCAAAACGUUUUAAACCAAGAAGCAAAUAAAAAUGGAACUGUGAAUUCAAUUGAUAUAGUUAAAAGUUCAGAAAUGGACUUGCAACAAACUAUUGUUUCAGAAAUCCCUGCAUUAGAUACUAAGACUCGUGAAAAUUUAUUGACUAAUAAUACUGAAGAUUCAUUAGAUUCUCAAGUAGACUUUUCUAAAAUAUGUGAAGAAAUUCAAAAUCCAGUAAUAGAUGCCAACAGUUCUGCUGAUUUUGAUAAAGAUGUAGUCGAUUCUAUUGCAAAUGUGGUUCAGUUAAUCAAUUUACCUGAUCAAAUCAAUAUCUCUUGUGAAACAAUUGAUUCUGAAAACUUUCCUGAUUGCUCAAAACUAGUUAAUGAGGAUACAAAAAAGCUUACUUGUUCGAAUCGUGUUCAACAAUUGCAUAACAGUUAUCUUAAAAAUGAAUUAUCUGAAACAUCAAGUUUAAGUUCAUGGAUGAGUAUUGAUGAUGUCAUUAAGGUAAAAGUUGUUGGAGAUCUCUCAAUUAAAGAAAGUUCAGCUGGUUCAGAUUCAUCUGCUAAUGGUGUUCUUGUUAAUAAAAUUGAUAGUGAUGAGUUAGAAGAUUUUGACCUUGAUCUUGAUGAAGAUAACGAUGAAGAUGUUAACGACGAAGAGUUAGAAAAAAUGGUGAAGGAUAUUAAGAAUAAAAGUUUAUCUGGAGAUAUUCAGGAGAAUGAUGACGAUGACUGGGAGAACUGGGAAUGAAUUGCUCUGCUGUUUUUUAAUAUAAUUUUUGUGUUUGCUUUGAUUUUAGAACUUGAGUAGAAAAAUAAAUUGCUUAGGUUACACUUUUCAAAGCUUAAGUUUUCUUGUAUAUAUUUUAACUUUUUUUCAUUAGUCUUCAAAUGAGAUUGGUAUUUUUGUUUUGUAUAGACUGUUUUAAAAUAAAUAUUCAAAAAUUUAAUAAA